GCAAUGGAAUGAAUUCUUCGACCAUACCUAAGGCACCGGAGUGAUGUUAAGGGGCCUAUAUAACUCUAGUUUGAUUUCCCAACACCUGCGCUCCUUCAUUACUUCACUUUGGAAACGGAUGAGCAACCAUCAAUAAGACCUCUCCUUGGAUACGAAGUUGGAAGUGCUUUGAUGUCACACCGAUGAGCCUCCAGUCGCUGAUACUCGUAUGAGGAUGGGCACAUGCCUGCCUAGGCUCACAAUGCCUCACCCCGCUCAAUGUCAUCCCUGUCCACAGUGCUGCAACAUGUGAAGUCAUUGAUCACCAGUCUGAUAUCAGAACUGUAGAGCCCGGAAGAAACUUCCUUGAUUUUGGCGAUGCCUGAACUCGCAGGAUGAUGCCAGUAUGAUAUCAAGUGACUGCCCGCCUAUCUUUAUCGCAGAAGAAUUCCUGGACAAGAUAUCAUUCCCUACAUCCUAACCCAUUGUUAGCAACAGCUCACACGAUCAAUCACAGAACGAUCACAGGCACAUCAACAACAAUGUCUAGCGGCGCAUCAGGAAGUAACGAGAAAAUUUCUGCUACAAAGAUUGAUCCUCUUGCUUCUGACACCAAGACUGAUUAUCCUCACGAUCAAUCCUCGAGAGGCGCUGCAGGUACUGAUAGAAGCAUUGAUCAAACUCGAAUCGAUCCUCUCGGAGGGGCAGGCCAGUACCAACAUCCCGCUCCACAUGCAGACAGUCAAGGUGUUGUUGGUAGGGAUGAAGCCAUCCAGGGAGCAAAGAUCGAUCCUCUGAGCGGAAAGGAGAACGUGUCAACUACCAAGUCGACUGGCCUGGACGAUGAGCAGGUUGACGCCUCUAGGAUCAAUCCGAUGGGCGAGGUCAGGGAGGAAAUGGGAUAAGUCCCCGACGUCUACUCGUAGCGGGUAUCUCGUACGGAGGCAGAUGAUUGAUUACUCAUUCUUUCGCAUCCUCUGAAUUCAAAACUUCGAUACUCCAACUGGGACUCAAUAAUGGGCAUACAUAACAAUGACCAAAUUCCUUGAGUCAGCAUGAAGCCUCUUUUCUCUCAUUUGACUCAAUGGAAACAAUCGGGAAAUGCGCUUCCACCAUGAGG